UAUUGUUAGAAGGCAAAGUUUAUCAUCCUGUGAACUGUCUUCGAGCUAUCAAAUUUGAGGUAGUUGUGAAUGGAAUUCCGACGAAAGUACCCACAAAAUUAAAAAUUAGACAAAAUUGGAACCCAAUUAGUGAGACUAAAGCAGAAAGUAACUUUAAUCCACAAAUCAAAAUGGCAACCAAAAUCCCCAAUGGAACCACCACCGAAAUGGAAACGUUCCUCCCCAGGGACGAGUCGGCGAUCAACGGAAACGUGACAACGUACAAAGUUACAAAAGACAACGAUUUAGAAGCGGCGAGUGUGGAUUAUGAUCCGUUCAAGGCCAGGGUACUCGACCACCCAGUGACGAACUGUGAUACUUUGACUCAUCUUCUAAAAGCUUCGUUAGGUACAGGAAUUUUAUCCAUGCCCGCCGCAUUUAAAGCGUCAGGAUUAGUGUUAGGAAUAUUCGCAACCAUCGCUGUUUCGGUCAUAUGCACACACUGCGCCUAUAUUUUAGUAGCAUCUGCACACGAAUUAUACAAAAAAGCCGGCAAAUCCUCCAUGAGCUUCGCCGAAGUGGCCGAACAAGCCUGCCGAAGAGGUCCGAAAUGGGCGAAAAAGUUCGGAUGGAUAGCAAGGCAAACCGUGUUAUGGGGCAUCUUCAUUACCUACUUCGCCACCUGCAGCUGCUACACAGUUAUAAUAGCAAGAAACAUCCUCUACGUCACGGAUCAAUAUUACGGUGAAAAUUCCUUCAACGUGAGAUACGUGGUUGCCCUGCUGCUGGUACCGCUCGUUCUCCUGGCAUUCGUGCCCAACUUGAAGUACCUGGCGCCGGUCUCCAUGGUGGCCAACGUCUGCAUGGCUCUGGGCCUGGGUAUCACGUUCUACUAUCUGGUUAAGGACGUUCCUCCUCCUUCGGAACGACCGGCUGUCGCCAACGAUCUUAGCACUCUUCCGAUUUGCAUUAGUGUGGUGAUUUUCGCAAUUGAAGCCAUUGGUGUGGUGAUGCCUCUGGAAAACAACAUGAGCACCCCGCGUAGUUUUGUCGGACUUUGUGGUGUUCUUAACCAGGGGAUGAGUUUCGUUACGCUUGUAUAUAUUGUUCUGGGAUUCUUUGGGUAUUUGAGGUAUGGAGAGGCCACUGAUGAGUCCAUUACUUAUAAUCUACCGAAAGGGGAAAUUGCCGCCCAAGCCGUCAACAUCCUGGUGGCCAUCGCCGUCUUCUGCACCUACGGCCUCCAGUUCUACGUCUGCCUGGACAUCGCCUGGAGCCAAAUCAAGGACAAAUUCGUCAAGCGCGAGACCCUGGCCAACUACGUCAUGCGCUCCGUCCUCGUGAGCUUAAGCGUGUUGAUCGCCGUGGCCGUCCCCACCAUCGUGCCCUUCGUGGGGCUCAUCGGCGCCUUCUGCUUCUCCAUCCUCGGCCUCAUGUGCCCCGUCUUCAUCGAAAUCCUCACCUUCUGGGGCAAAGGCUACGGCUUCUGCUACUGGAAGAUCAUCAAGAACGUCAUCAUCGUCUUCACCGGGUUCCUGGCCUUGAUCUUCGGCUCGAAAUCGGCCAUCCAAGACAUCGUUAAACUGUUUACGGAUUGAUAGUUAUAGUGAAUGAGUAUUAGAGUUAAGGGUUAGUUGCGCAGGAACCAAGAACAAGAUGUUCGGUCGUGCAGUUUAUUUAUUUAUUGAAAUUGUUCAGUUGCUGGCUCUCAACUAAAUGGUGAAUUGUAUAGAGGUCGUUCGUUUUCGUAACGCCAUGUCACGUCUGCGUGCACUCGCUUGUUCUAGUCACGUGAUGUCAUAUUCCGCUCCCCACCAGCAGAUGUCGCUGUAUAAAGCACAGUUAUGGAAAUGGACGGCUUAUAAGUGACGAUUUGUCGCUUUGUUUAUUAGGAAAAAUAUUUUUCAAGCACAACUACGUACUGAGCAAUUUUUCUGUACAACGUUUAGCACUCUUGCAAUUAUUUUCUAUUUAUUGUUUCAUUGUAUUUAUAAUUUUAAAAAUCGAUAAGUAUUUUUAAUAUGUGAUGGAUCUACCAGUAUGAAUGUUCCUGGCACUUGAUUCUAGUUUUAGAUGUAUGAAGUGCUUCGUGAAAAUGCGCGAAAUAGUGUAAUUGUUGAUAUGGAACUAAAUUUUGUGAAUUGCCUAAAUUAGUUAUAAUAAGUUUGUUAUUUUAGUGUACUGUUUUUCAUUUUAUUUUUUAAAAAAUUGAAUAAAACUUUAAUAAAUUUUAA